CGACAAGCUUAAACAAAUAGUACUAUAUUAAUAAUAAUAAUAAUAAUGAUGAUGACAAAAAGGGGCAACUUAUUGGAUCCGGUCGUGGGACUUUGAUGCAAUAGUUCGCAUGAAUCUGAACUCGACCCGAAAUUAGUGGGCUCGUCCGCAUACGGUCGAAUUCGGGUUUCGGACGCCCCCCUCGUUUCGCGCGUGUGAGACUCACGUGCGAUGGGACAGCGCGCGACCCGAAUCACUUCGAGUGAGAACCCGGCUCCGAAGCCAAAAACCCUCGCCACUCCCUCCUCUUCCUCCUCCUCCUCUGCCACCGCCGCCGCCGCCGCCGCCGCCGCCGCCAUGACCAAGUUUCGUAAGCUCGGGCGCCACGCGGCCCACCGGGUCUCCAUGCUAAGGACGAUGGUUUCGCAGUUGGUGAAGCACGAACGGAUCGAAACCACCGUCGCUAAGGCGAAGGAAGUUCGCAGGCUUGCGGAUAACAUGGUGCAGCUGGGGAAAGAGGGUACACUUGAUGCAUCAAGGCGGGCUGCUGCUUUUGUUCGUGGAGAUGAUGUUCUUCAUAAGUUGUUCACAGAACUGGCUUAUCGUUACAAAGAUCGAGCAGGCGGCUAUACAAGACUACUGCGCACUCGGAUACGGAUGGGAGAUGCUGCCCCUAUGGCAUAUAUUGAAUUUGUGGACAGGGAGAACGAACUCCGAGAGGCUAAACCUCCGACACCGCAGCCACCUCAAAGAGUCCCUCUUGAUCCGUGGACAAAAUCACGAGCUAGCCAACAAUGGGCUUCUCCCAAAGACGGCCGAAUCUCUGGAUCAGAAAGCUGAUGAAUAUUAUUGGCUUUUUGUUCAUUUCGUGGCAACUUUUUUGAUGAUUGUUUUUUUUACACUUAUUGUUCUAUAGGAAGUGCUGUUAAGUCAUUGCAAUGAAUAAUCAGAACAUAGCAUUUUCAGGAA